UAGAGUUCACUGGCUGUGAUUUGUGAUCUUUGAGGUUAGAAUUUUAGUCAGCCAAAUUAUUCAAUCGUAAAUUUAAAAUUGUAAAAAUUGUUUGUAAGUCCAGUUUCAAAUUAUAAAUAGUUCUAUAUAGAUGCGAUAUAUUACUCAUAAUAUAAUCAUAUUUUACUCGUUAUUACUGAAACCAAGGAGUUACUGACAUUUUUUCACAUGUUUAUCAAUUAUUGUACCUCAUCCUCCACUAGUUGGAGAAAGGUCUGAGUUCAUUUCCAAUUGUAGCAUUCGUGAACUCUCUCUCUCUCUCUCUCAUCAUGGACCCACAAACUAUCGAGGUCAUGGAUGAAGCAGACAACACUAAUAUGGACUAUAAAGAUGAGAGUGAUUUGGAUGUUGAUGAUGAUGAUGAUGACGAUGACGUGAGUACUGCUUUUUCGGAAGAACUGGGAGAUGUUGAGGGAAAAACAGUCGUGGGAAGAGGGGGUGUUGAGGAGGAGGGGGAGGAGAAAAUCAACAAACAAGAAUAUAUAACGAACUUUUUGGAAGGGAAGCUGAGUUUUGAUGAGUAUGCAGCAAAAAUGGUGAAGCUGAAUGAUGAGUGUGUUUCGAGUAAAAGUAGUGACAUUUUAAAUGUGAGUGAGAUGCAGGGAACUUCAGUUGAUGAGUCUGUGACAAGUGAGGAGUUGGGAAAAGUUUCACUGUUGAAGAAGCCGAAACAACGACACGUCCGUCAGAAUCUCCCUCCUGCGCUCAAGGGUCUAAUGGGGGAGGCGAACCUCAGGUACGCCCGGGGUGACAAGGAUAUGGCGGUGAAGAUUUGUGUGGAGAUAAUCCGGCAAGUUCCGACAGCUCCUGAACCCUACCAAACACUGGCUGGUUUGUACGAAGAGUCAGGAUUGGUGGAGAAGUCGCUGCAGAUGGCGAUGAUCGCUGCGCAUCUCAGUCCCGGCGACCCGGACCAGUGGGUGCGGUUGGCAGAACUGUGCCAGGAGCAGGGCAACCCAAAGCAGGCUGUCAGGUGCUAUACGAAAGCCAUCCAAGCCGACAAGAAAAACUGCGAUGUGUAUUUCAAGCGGGCUGAACUGCUCAACGAACUGGGCCACAAACAUCUUGCUCUGAAAGGGCUCUCGAAGCUGUUGACUAUUCUGGAUCACACUCAGGGCGACCAGAUACUGCACCUGUCAAAAAUGCUCGCCGAAAAGUAUCACGAGGAAAAAGAUCUUCUAAAAACGAAAGAGACGUUGAAAGCAGUGUUUGACAAGUGUCCCAAGCUGGUCACCUCAGAACAUAUUAAUUUGUUGCUUGAGGUACAGUUAGCUCUCGGUGAAUACUCGGACUGUUUGUCGUUGAUGAUCUCUUUCUGUAACGUGGAAGCCGAACUAGUCACUGAUGACAGCGACCAGUACGUUGUUGCGGUCUGUACUGCACCUUCCAACAUGGCGAUCGAUCUCCGGGUCAAGCUCAUCAUCACUCUAAUUCACAUGAAAUCAUUGCCACCAGUCUACAAAUUCCUGAAUGAUUUCCUAGAAACUAAUCCCGAAGAGUUGGGGGAUCUCUAUUUGGAUAUUGCCGAAGCGCUAAUGAUGGAGAACUAUCACAGUGAUGCAUUGAAACUUUUGCAACCAUUGAUCUCGAGUGCUAACUACAGUUUGCCGGGAGUGUGGUUGAAGUAUGCCGAGUGUUUGAAGAAGGUUAAUCGUUUGAAAGAGUCAGUGGAUGCAUAUAUGUUUGUGAUAGAACAGGCGCCUCAACAUCAUGACGCCAGGCUUGUCGUUGCCGAUUUACUCAGACAGCUGGGCCGUGGCGAUGAAGCUAUCGUUGUGUUGACACAGGACGAAAAAAAUGAAUCACUGAACGCUGGUUUACUGUAUGAGAGGUGUCUACUAUUGUCCGAUCGUUUAGAACAUAGAGACGAGUUUCUUGUGAUCUGUCAGCUGUUUUUCUCGAGACACUUCACCCAGAUACGCACACACGAAGAGUUGAGAGCGCUGUCUCUAUUCAGCCGAGUGUCGAAGAAACGGGCAGCCAUCAAGGAGAUCCGACUAACGCAGGGCUUGGACGUCGAAGAUGAACGACCUGCUUUCAUGGAGACCUCGCGACUGCCGACUGUUGAAGAGGAGUGGCAACUGUUCAAAAAGCUUGUAUAUAUCUGUUUCGAAGAGAAGAGAUACGCCCUACUACAACGGAUCACGUUUUCAGCACAAGGCUCUGAACGUUUCUCAAUACCCUACUCAAAACAGUUGGAUAUCUACUGUUUGAUUGCAAGUUUCUACAAUAAAGAAUCAAACCUUGCUUACAACUUCAUACGUAACAUGGUGAUCAAAAAUAUAGACUGUGUUAGGUUGUGGAACUUUUUCAACAUUCAUGUUAUACGAGGUGACCAUUGUCGUCAUAAUAAAUUCAUAAUGAGGCUGCUAGCGCGACGACAAAACCAUACGAUUCUGUCGCUGCUGCACGCCAACAACUGCCUUGUGUCGGGCACAUACAAGUACGCCCUCAACGAGUACACGGCCACGUUCAAACGGGACCCUACUCCUAUGUUGGCAUUCCUUGUAGGUGUCACACUGUGCCAGAUGGCUUGUCAGAAGUUUUCGGCCAAAAAGCACUCGCUAGUGACACAGGUGAUUGCGUUUUUCGCCGAAUACAACAAGCUGAGAGGCAAGGAGAGUGCACAAGAGUUUCACUACAACUUGGGACGCGUGCAUCAUCAGCUGGGACUGUUGUCAACUGCUGUCUUCCAUUACAAAGAGGCGCUGGCGAGUGAGCCUGUCCUGGACAGCCCCAUGUUAGACUUGAAACAGGAGAUCGCCUAUAAUUUGCAUCUCAUUUAUCGUAGCUCCGGUGCUCAUGAUGUAGCGCGUAUGUAUUUGGAGAAGUAUGUGGUUGUGUAGGUACAUAAAUGCAAAAUUUAUGCAAAUCUAUUUGGAACAGUAUGCAGUUGUUUAUGUUAAGUUAAGAUCGAUGCUCCUUGUCUAUAUACAAAGUUAUGAUUAUUUUUUAAUUAAUAGAGAAAUAAUUUCAUAGUACCCUUUUUCAAAACAUUUUAUAUAAACACUCUUAUAAAACACAAUAACAAGCUUGAAAAUGCUACUUUUGGCUUGAAAACCGAAACUAGUUGUGUUUUGUUUAAGUUUUCAUAUAAAAAAGUAUUGAAAAAAGUGGUACCUACUAUGCAAUUAUUUCUUUAUUAAUUAACAAUUCAAGUAGCCCCAUUGGAAUACUUUAUUAUAUUUUAUUUUUAUGUCUUGUCUGUAUUCUAUCUUGGAUAAAUGGAAAGACUGUAUCCAAAAAAGGAAAAGUAGGUAAUUACUGGAAACAGGUUGUGUUGAAGUGAAGGAAAUGAUAUAGUGUAUAAAUAGAUUGAUUAAAACACUUCAUUCACAUGGGCUACUUUCUAAAUUAAUAAAACAUUAUAAAAAUCUUGAAGCACCCUUUAUUUUAAAGGGUUGAACUAUUUUAAAGUUUUUUUUAAAUAAAGGGUGCUUCAAUAUUUUUAUAUUGUUUUAUUAAAUAGAUUGAUGUAUAUAUAAAUGGACUCAUGUAUAUCUAGAGAAAUGUUGAAAUGUUUACUAAUAACUUUCUGUGAAAUGAUGAAGGUGAUACAUCUAUGAUAUCACCAUGGUAUGGUAAACAUCAAUAUUAGAUAAAAUGGACACUUAAAACUGGCUAAAAGAACUAGACCACGCUCUUUUAUUAUUAUUGUUUCAUUGUUAUUUUAAUGAAUGAAUGCUUCCGACUAGUUUAAGACAUUUCAUUAAUACGUCCUCCAAGGAGGCGAUAUAACUAAUUAACUAAUUGUCAGUUCGCUAUGGCAGGCAGAACUUCUAGAUGUUUUAACAUCAGACAUUGAUAUUAGUUAUGACCAAUAAAAGUUUGAUCUCCAAUCGUUCGAGACGUUAAUCAAAGAUGGGAAUGUGAGAAUGUGACUGAUCUUUGUGCUGACAGACAUUUCUGAAUAAAAUAAAUGAACUUGAGAGACUGAGCUCCUUUUGAAUGUUGUGAUAUAUAUUCUUACGUAAUAAAACAAAGAUUUUUAUGUAUUUACACUAAUUUAUUACAAGUGUUCUUAUAAAUGUUCCUUAGUGAAGUCGAGUUGUGAUGUUCUAGAAGCGUUUUUUCUUUAGUUUUUGUUUAUCAUCAACACAUGAAUCCUCCAUAUUUUGUGCCUAUGAGUUGCAAAAAAUACAUAAGUAAAACAUUUCUAUAAUAAUACACAGUUGGAGACUUGUAAAAGUACCCAUAUAAGAAUGUUAUGAAAAGUCGAAUAAAGACACCUAAAUAUGA